AUGGAGAUGUUCCAGGGGCUGCUGCUGUGGCUGCUGCUGCUGAGCAUGGGGCGCGCGCAGGUGGCCGGGGAGCCGCUGCGGCCGCUGUGCCGGCCCGUCAACGCCACCCUGGCUGCCGAGAAGGAGGCCUGCCCGGUCUGCGUCACCUUCACCACCAGCAUCUGCGCCGGCUACUGCCCCAGCAUGGUGCGGGUGCUGCCGGCCAUUCUGCCGCCAGUGCCCCAGCCAGUGUGCACCUACCAUGAGCUGAGGUUUGCCUCCAUCCGGCUCCCCGGCUGCCCGCCUGGCGUGGACCCGAUGGUCUCCUUCCCUGUGGCCCUCAGCUGUCACUGUGGGCCCUGCCGCCUCAGCAGCUCUGACUGCGGGGGUCCCAGGCCCCAAUCCUUGGCCUGUGACCACCCCGCCCUCCCAGACCUCCUCUUCCUCUAA